AUGCUCUUGCAGGAAUUGUGCGCGACAGUAUCGGUGUCCGGUGUUCUGUCAGCGGUGGGCAUUUUCAUAGGAGGAUUGACACUGGUCUACGUCCUCUACAACUACCUAUUCCACCCCCUCCGACAGAUUCCGGGUCCUCUAUUGGCGGGCUUAACGCCGUGGGUGCAACUCUACCACGGACUGAAAGGGGACCGACAUCUAUGGCUCUAUCGACUACAUCAGACAUACGGAUCGCAUGUGCGCGCGGCGCCGAAUUUCGUCUCCGUGAAUACCGCCCAGGGACUGCAUGAUAUCUACGGCCAUGGCAAGAAGCUGAAGAAGGCAGAUUUUUACAAUGCGUUUCCCGCUAUCAAGGGUGUGUAUAAUACGCACAAUGCGAUCGACAAGGCGAUGCAUGGGCGGAAGAGAAGAGUUCUCAGUCAGGCGUUCUCGGACCAUGCGUUGAAGAGCAUGGAGGAUGUGAUGCUCUUGCAUGUGCGGCAGCUUUGCUCGGCGUUUGGCGCGCAGGGCGAGAAGAUGGGAGCGGAUAAGGGCGGUGCUGUGUUCAACAUGAGUAAUUGGUUCAGUUACCUUACUUAUGAUGUGAUGGGGGAGUUGUGUUUCGGUAAGAGCUUCGAUAUGUUGGUGUCGAGUGGCAAGCGCAAAUUGAUCGAAUUGGUUGAUCGUGCGGCGAAUCGGCACUAUGUGUGCGGACUGUGGAUGCCUCUGGAUAGCUGGCACCUCGAUCAGAUCGUGAUCCACCGACUCACCAACGACCGAUGGAAUUUCAUCAUGAGCUCGCGCGUGGAAGCCAAUGAGCGCGCCAAGGAACGCACGCAGGCCGGCCACGACUCCAAGAAGGAUUUCUUCUACUACCUGCUCAACGCCAAGGACCCCGAGACCGGCAAAGGCCUGACGACGCCCGAGCUCUGGGGCGAGGCCAACGUGCUCAUGAUCGCCGGCAGCGACACCACCUCGACCACGAUGGCCGCCGCCAUCUUCUACCUCGUCCGGAACCCGCGCGCCAUGGCGCUGCUGAAAAAGGAGGUCCGCGAGGCGUUCACGUCCGUCGAGGAGAUCGUCACGGGCGCCCGGCUCAACGAGCUCGUGUACUUGAAAGCCUGUCUGGACGAGGCCCUGCGACUAGCGCCCGCGGUGCCGGGCGCCAUUCCGCGCGAGGUCAUGGACGGCGGCGCCACGGUGGACGGGGUCUACCUACCCGCCGGCACGGACUGUGGAACCCCGACGUACGCCAUCCACCGCCAGGCGGAAUACUACCGCGAGCCGCAGGCGUAUCUGCCCGAGCGGUGGAUCGAGGGGGCGACCUGUCAGGCUCAGAUUUCGGGCCAGCAGACGAGUUGGACAGUCAGCAAGGAGGAGGUCGAGACGGCGCGCAGGGCGUUCUGUCCGUUUAGCAUCGGACCGCGCGGGUGUAUUGGCAAGGGGAUGGCGUUUAUGGAGAUGCGGUUGACUAUUGCACGGAUGAUGUUCCUGUUUGACAUUGAGUAUGCCGAUCGCACGGGUGAAGACGAGAGUGGCCAUUUGGCGUUGGUGGAUCAUUUCACGAGUGCCAAGAGAGGGCCUAACGUGGUUGUCAAACGGGCUGUAGCAUGGUGA